ACCUCCACCAUAGAGUCAUCACGCCAGAGGCAACUGUCAUCCCGUGGUCCAAACAGAAGCCCACAACUCGCCUCUUCCUCGUAUCUACCACCAAAAACUGAUCAAGAGAGCGAGAUGGCGAGAGGGAAAAAUCUCGCCCCGUCGGCUCCUUUGUGCCUUGGGUCCAACUCCCCUUCGCCCCUCACCUGCCAGCACCUACCAAAAAACAACCGUCAUUUCUAUCCAAACCUGCUAUUCCUGCCAACCGUCUCACAUGGCACUCGUCUGACCAGCCCGCCUCCCCUCCCUUGCCUCCCUUGCCUACUAGAUCCACCCCCAACUCCUUUUUACCCGUGCCCCAUGCCCUUCUACAUACUCACUUACUCCUCCAUACACCGCCCCGCACCAGCCUCUCACACGACCUGGUAACAAGUGCUCCCUCCCACUUGCACAUUUGAAUCGAACCCAACACCACAUGCUCA